AUGCCUGCAAACGGCGAAGGCGACUCGCGAACGUCGUCGUCGAGUGGCGAAGGCGUAAUCCACUCGGAUGAGUGUAUGGCGGCUAUUAAUUGCAGGUUUACGGGUAAUCUAUCGAAGCGAGUCGUCGCGAGCGGGCGCGCCGGCCGGGGGCGGAGGGGGGCGGUGUGCGUGACGGAUCAUGGCGGCGCGGGGGGGCUCCGUCCCGCCGCCUUCGUUAAACGCGGCCGACGGAUACGUAGGACGCCGCGGUUGAAAGCUAUACGGCCCCCGGGCGGUCGCGCAGACGAUUGGCCCGCGACGGUAACCGAUAGCCAAUCGCGAGCGAGGCCGGCACGCCCCCCGGGCGCCGACUCGGGGCUCCCGGCUCACACGGCGCGCGACUCGGCGCUCACUCGCACCGAUGCGCGGCUCUUGGGACGAGUCCACGACGGCGGCGCUCCACGCGCGCAUCCUGGAGGCGCAUCGCGGGCCCGCGGCGCCCGAACGCGCCGCCGCCGAACCCGGCUGCACCGAACCGCCGCUCACCGUGUCGGCGCUAGAGCUGGCCGCGCCGACGCCACUGCUGCCGCUGCCGACGUUGUCCUUCAGCGCUGCGCAAGUCGCGACCGUCUGCGAGACGCUGGAGGAGAGCGGAGACGUCGAGCGCCUGGCGCGCUUCCUGUGGUCGCUCCCGGUGGCGCACCCCAACGUCGCCGAGCUGGAGCGCUGCGAGGCCGUGCUCAGGGCCCGCGCGGUCGUCGCCUUCCACGCGGGACGCCACCGAGAGCUCUACUCGAUUCUGGAGCGGCACCGGUUUCAGCGCUCGAGUCACGCGAAGCUGCAGGCCCUGUGGCUCGAAGCGCACUACCAGGAGGCGGAACGGCUCCGAGGCCGACCCCUGGGUCCCGUCGACAAAUACAGAGUGCGCAAGAAGUUUCCUCUGCCUCGGACCAUCUGGGACGGCGAGCAGAAGACUCACUGUUUCAAGGAGAGGACGCGGUCCCUGCUGCGGGAGUGGUAUCUGCAGGAUCCGUACCCGAACCCCACCAAGAAGAGGGAGCUGGCGGCGGCGACGGGCCUCACGCCGACCCAAGUGGGAAAUUGGUUCAAGAACCGGCGGCAGCGGGACCGCGCGGCGGCCGCCAAGAACCGGUCGGCCGUCCUCGGCAGAGGGUUCGCCUCCUCCUCCACGUACGACGAGGACUCGGCCGACUCGGAGAUCAACGUCGACGAAGAGUGACGCGACGCACAGUGUGA